GCCCUCGGGGCGGAGCGGUCCCCUCCAGCCGCGGCCCCGCUGCUCCCCACCCCCCUCGCCUCUCCCGGAGGAAUUUCCCUCCCGUCCCGCAGCUCCGCCCGCCCCGCACCUGGGGGUGGGCGCCCCGGGGGGUUCUUAGCAUCGCCUGCAGCUGCGAAACGGCCGAGCUCUCCGCUCCCCGUGCCGCCGCCAUGUCCCGCAGCCCACCAGCAGCCGAGGACCAGGCCUUCCUCCUGCAGUACCGCUGCCACCCGCUGCGACCUGAACCCCCCGCACCGACCUCCCCUCCCGGCAGGCGCAACCCUGACCCCGCUGCGGGCUGCUUCCCCCUGGCCGAGCCGCGCCGCAUCGUGCUGAGCACGGACAGCCCGGCCGCGCUGAAGGUGGGCACGCAGCAGCUGAUCCCCCGGAGCCUGGCGGUCUCCACCAAGACCAAGAACCCCACGCGGAACCCCAGCACUGGAUCCGUCCCUGAAGCUGUGUGCCCGGGGCAGAAGCGAGCGUCCGUCCCCAGCGUCACGCUGCAGGAGGACACGGAGGAGGAUGGAGGAGGGAUGCUCAAGCGCAACCUGAGGAGCAUGUCGUACCGUGCAGCCAUGAAAGGCCCGGGCACGGAGAUGGAGCCGGCGAGCACCGUGCCCGCGCUGAAACCACUGCAGGAGGAGGGGAGCGCUCCGCCUGCCCGCAGCCCCGGCAGGAGCAAGAGAACCCUCGGGCGGAAGCGGGUGCAGAAGCACGGCGGCUCAUUCAAGGACCAGCCACGGCUGUACCAGGAAAUCCGCGAGAGAGGGCUGAACUCCGUCAGCCAGGAGUCGGAUGAGGAUUUGCUGGAGGAGCCCGUCCCCGAGGAGCCGUCCCCGCCCGGCGCUGCCAUCGUGGUGCGGAGCUAUCGGCCCGCACAGGUCACCUGGAGCCAGCUCCCGGAGGUGCUGGAGGCGGGCGUGCUGGAGGCCAUAACGCCCGAGGAGCGCAAGCGGCAGGAGGCCAUGUUUGAGAUCAUCACGUCGGAGUUCUCCUACAUGCACAGCCUGAGCGUGCUGGUGGGCUGCUUCAAGAAGUCAGAGGAGCUGAAGGAGACCAUGACCCAGACGGAGCACCACCACCUCUUCUCCAACAUCAGCGACAUCCUGGCCGUCAGCACCAGCUUCUUUGAAGCCCUAGAGAAGCGACACCAGGAGAACGUCCUCAUCCCUGACAUCAGUGACAUCGUGGAGGAGCACGCCUCGAAGCACUUCAACCCCUACGUUAGCUACUGCUCCAACGAAGUCUACCAGCAGAGGACACUGCAGAGGCUGCUAAACACAAAUCCCUUAUUUAAAGAGGCCUUGAAACAAAUCGAAAGGAAACCAGAAUGUGGAGGGCUGCCACUGAUAUCAUUUCUCAUUCUCCCUAUGCAGCGAGUAACGCGGCUUCCUCUGCUGUUAGAUACAGUCUGUCAAAAAACCCAAGCAUGCACUGCCGCAUAUGGAGCUGCCACCAGAGCUCUGAAAGCCAUCAGCAAGCUGGUUAAGAACUGCAACGACGGAGCUCGUGCAAUGGAGAGGACAGAGCAGCUGUACACCCUGCAGACGCAGCUGGAGUUCGGGAAGAAGAAGCCUUUUCCCCUGAUCUCUGCCUCCCGCUGGCUGCUGAAGCGAGGCGAGCUCUACCUGCUCUCCUCCGAGGAGGGAGGAAUCUUCCGGAAGGGCUCCGGCAGGGUCUGCCACCUCUUCCUCUUCAACGAUGUCCUGAUCAUCACCAAGAAGAAAAGUGAGGAGAGCUACACCGUCAUGAACUAUGCCACGCUGGACCAAGUCUCGGUGGAGAAGAUGGAGACCACGGAGCCGCCGUCCCCCCCUCCCAGCCGGCCGGGCGGGCACCUGCUGCGCGUGGUGAUGGAGCGGGACAGCGAGGGCCGGCGCGAGGAGGUGCUGCUGUCAGCUGAGACUCUGAGUGACCGGGCACGCUGGGUCACGGCGCUGAUGCACCGAGAGCGAGAGCAGCCUGACAGCACUCCCCGCGGAGACCUGAGCCAAGUGGAGAUCACCCGGGCCUACAUGGCCAAGCAGGCGGACGAGAUUUCCCUGCAGCAGGCCGACGUGGUGCUGGUGCUGGGCGAGGAGGAUGGCUGGUGCUGGGGGGAGCGGCUGCGGGACGGCGAGCGGGGCUGGUUCCCCCAGGCCUGUGCUCGGCCCAUCACCAGCCGCGUGGCUGUGGAGUGCAACGUGCGCCGGAUGGAGCGGCUCCGCAUCGAGACCAACGUGUAACCUGGCCCAAUGGGAUCCCCAGAGCUCUGCAGACUGAGCCUCCCCUGAGGAGUGAGCAGGAGAGCCUUCAUUCCUGAGUUUGGUUGGCAGGGACUGGUUGUGGUAGCAGUGGUGAUGGCUGUUAAUUAACACAGGACCUGGCAUCCAGGUCCUUUUGGCCAAGCAUUAGGGCCACCUUGUCCCAUGCAGAGCUGGCUUUGCCCCAGAACUCAGCACCAAGGAGUGGUUAAGGACCAGGGGCAGGGCAGGGAACAGUGCUGAGGCCGCCGAGCAGCUCAGGUCUGUUCACAAUGGGAGAGGUGCUGUGAUGUCUCCGUUUGCAUCAAACUGCCAAAGGAUUAAGGAGACCAACAAUAAAUUCUUGGCUCCUACUGAGACACGUGUCCUCCUCCUUGCCCAAAAUGCAGCAGUGGGCUCCCUCCAAGGAGCCAGGUGUUCCCCAUUGCUAACACUCAGCAGAAAGCUCCAUCUUUCAGCUGUGUCUUUGCUCCUUUGUGGUGGAUGUGUCUCAGGAGCUGAUAGAAAUCGACAUCAGGCUGCAAUAUUCAUGUGUAGCCAACUGAAUGGAAGAGACAAGGUGAACAGAAGGUCGGUGAGGCUGUCUGUUUAUUUCUAUCAGCUGUGGAAGAAUUAAAAUUGUUAAUCAGUGCUAAAUUAGAGGAGAUGGGCUUCUAAGAGAGAGACAAGUAAGUGCUACAUGAAAAAAAAAGCAGCAAGAAACAGUAAAAAACAACGAUGGUCUGAAAA